CUUCGCGAGGAGCAGAAGCGCGCCUACGAUAUCAUGUGCUGGCACCUCGACCGCAGGCUGUCAGGGAGACCCCCACAGCCCCUACACAUGAUCGUCUACGGCGAGGGUGGCACUGGGAAGUCCCGCGUUAUCCAAACGGUGACAGACCUGUUCAGGGACAGGAAGAGGUCCUACCUGCUCAUCAAAGGCGCUUACACCGGCGUCGCAGCAUCUCUCAUCGAUGGGAAGACUCUGCAC